GAGUCUUUGAAGGAGCAAAUCAAAAUGGCGAGCCAAGAGGAGUCUGUGAGGGAGUUCGUCGCUGUUACUGAUGUGGAUGAGGAGAGGGCCCGGUUUUUCCUGGAGUCCGCCGGCUGGAAUCUGCAGCUUGCGCUAGCCAGUUUUUUUGAGGAUGGGGCUGAUGACGACAUAGUGACCCUUCCUCAACCUGAAGGAGGCUCCUCAGUGUCCCGGUCUGCAGGGCCAAGCACUCAGCCCAGAGUGACCUCCUUCAGAGAUCUGAUGCAUGAGGCAGAGGAGGAGAGUGAUGAGGAGGAAGGCCAAAGGUUUUUUGCGGGAGGAUCAGAGCGCAGUGGGCAGCAGAUUGUUGGGCCUCCCAAGAAGAAGACUUCGAAUGAAGUGGUGGAGGAUUUGUUCAAGGGUGCCAGGGAACAUGGAGCUGUGCCUCUGGACCGGGCUGGGAAAGGGCCAGGAGAGCCCAGCAAAGCCAAGGCCUUCCACGGUGGAGGCUACAGGCUAGGAGCAGCUCCUGAGGAGGAGUCAGCCUAUGUGGUUGCAGAGAAGCAAGCCUCCAACACCCAGCAGGAUGUACACGUGGUGCUGAAGCUGUGGAAGACGGGUUUCAGUCUGGAUAAUGGUGAACUCAGAAACUACAGCGAUCCUGGCAAUGCCAACUUCCUUGAGGCGAUCAGAAGGGGGGAGAUUCCUCUGGAGCUGAGGCAGCGGUCUCGAGGGGGUCAGGUCAACCUAGACAUGGAGGACCACAGGGACGAGGACUUCUCCAAACCCAAGGUUGCCUUCAAGGCCUUUGGAGGUGAAGGACAGAAGUUGGGAAGUGCCACCCCAGAGUUGAUCACAGCUCCAGCCACCUCCCAGCAGGACCAGGCUGCCAACGAGGCCCAAGCCAGAGCCUCUGUGACCCUCGACCCCUCCCAGGCUGUCACUAACAUUCAGAUCCGACUGGCCGACGGCGGCAGACUGGUCCAAAGUUUCAACCAUACCCACAGGGUGUCUGACCUGCGGCAGUAUGUGGUGGCGGCCCGGCCCGCCAUGGCAGCCAGAGAGUUUGUUCUCAUGACCACCUUCCCCAACAUGGAGCUGUCGGACGAGAGCCAGACGCUGCAGCAGGCCAACCUCCUCAACGCUGUCAUCGUCCAGCGGCUAAAGUGAGGGGGGCGGGGGAGUAAGAGCGACCCCACCCCCAGUGGUGUGGCUGAGUAACUACAGCCCUGUGAAACCUGUUGCCCCUUCUGAGGGAGGAGAAAACAUGGACUUGUGUAUGGACUUCUAAUUUCUGAUUUUUGUUUUUCUAAAGUGAAACAUAACAUUCUGCUCCCCAGACCCCCACUCUCCCCCCUCCCCCACCCCCCCUUUCGUGCUUUGUGACGGGCAGUGACGAGGGGGGUGCUAAAAAUCUUCCAGAAAGGAACAGAGUUCAUUGAAGAGCUGUUGGAAAGCCCACAGAUGCUGUGGAGUUGUGGUUUUAAUGGGGGUGUGUUAACAUGACAGCAUUAGACGGUUUAACCCAAAAACACAGCAGCAGUCCAGUUUUCUGAGGAGCAGUUUGGCCACAGAGAUGUUCACAAAACCUGCUCUUUUCUCCAUUAACUUGCUCCCCGCCGUUCCUCUUCUAUUAACCUUAUUGUGGCCCUUCAGCUAUGUUUACUAGCAGGUGCUAGGGCCUCACCACGUUCAUGCAGCAGCAGACUCCUAGUUUGUUUCUGUGUCGAUGGCACAAACCAGAACUACAUGAGGCACACUAGUCUUAUUAGGGUAAAGUACAUAUUGAUCAUGUGGUUUUGUACAAGUUUCCAUUUCUCUCCACACAUUCCCUUUGGAGAGAGAAUGUAAUGAUGUAACAAAACGCUGAAGGGUCCUUUCCUCCAAAACGACCUGUACCAGUAGCCUUACGCUCCUUCACUCACCUGCAGAACUACACCUGUCCCUUUGUUCAAAAGAAGAUGUUAUUUUUUUAAUCUGCCUUCUUUCCCUCUUUCUUUUUUUCCUUUACAGAUUAUAGGAUUGCCCCAGUUAGACAGUGGCAUUUGGACAGUGUGUAACCAUAAAAACAGUUACUUGUGGCUUUAUUGUCAGACCAAUGUUUGAGCAGAAGAACUCAGAUUGUAAACGCAGGUUUGUAGUAGUGGAAGUGGAAUUCCUAUGACACACUGACAUCUUCUAUGCAUCCUGGGGCAACACAGAAAUAUGUUUGGACCUCUGGUAAAAUAAAUCCAUUUUAUGGUUGAUGUAUAAAGAACUUACCGUCUUGUGUUUUUUAUUGUAGGAAAAGCAACAUUCAGCACUUUCAUUAAGUAAGACACAUGACUUCUACUGACUGUCAACUCUUUGGAUUGCUGUCUAAAUAUGAUAUUGUUCUUUCCAGAUGUCUUAGCGUCAGUAUUGGUGUCAGUUGUCCUUCAUCUUCAUCAACUAUCAACCAUACUAGUCAGAUCACUUUGGUCAGAUGUGUUGUCUGUCUUCUGUGGAAACUGGAUGUCUUGGUCCAGUAGACCUUUAAACCACUUUUUUUUUCUUAUGUGUACAGAGUAAGGGAGGGUUGAGAGUGGCCAAGAGGCUGUAUUCAGCAGAUGGGUGACAUCCCAUCAACAGAUGCAUGGAAACUUAUAAGAAAUGGCCCUCAGAACAACUCUGAACUUUGACUUGUGACUCAAAGUUUGGUUUCAAAAAGCCAGAACGAGUAUCUCCCACCUCCAUUUAUGUUGAAAAUAUCAGAUCUGCUAUUUAGGAUGUUGUUUAAGAAAACUGAAAUGAGAUGAAGAAUGAUAUAUUAACCAUGUGUGAGAACUAUCUGUGGUGUUAGUAUAAGAGGAUUGAAUGUUAUUCACGUGCACGUUUGAAUGUGUCUGAACUUUGAAGUUGACCUUAACAUCAAACUUUUUACCAUCAAGUUUCCAUAUUUAGGAUAAGAUCAGUCACUUCUAUGUUUUCUAAUUCUUUGUAGCUCUUUCAAAAUCUCACCAGCGCUUUAAUAAAACAGACGAUAUGAUUUGAACAUUGUGAAGCAUCACACUAAUGUGA